CCACUGAGGCACUCGAACUCAAGUCCCACCCGUUUACGCGCAUUACCGCGCAUAUUUCGAAAAUUCAGACGUUCUUAGGAUAGACACAACCAAUGUUGUUUUGUUCACGCACCGAAUGCUUGUGCACACUCUUCAUGUCUUGAUGGCUUUGUCUUCUCCAGGCAGCGACGUGGCGCGCGGGUUGAUUGUCUUCGCCAAAGGCCUUCCGCUCGGCGACAACGGUCUCCGAUGGCUCAAGAUUCACCUGGCCAAUCUCACGGGCAAGUUCGUGUCCGAAGUACUGGCGCGCCCUAAUUGGCGCCUUGACUCAGCCCGCACCCCCUCAAUUAGCAAUGGUCGGGGUUGGUGGAGGGAGCAAGAGGAGCCCUGGCAGACCCUCGCGUGUUGUCGGGAGCUCGUCGCAGCUCUGCGCCACGCAGGCGGACCGUCCACCUUCGUGAAUCACUACCCGGUGCAUCAGGAUGGCUCGUGCAACGGUCUGCAGCACUACGCGGCCAUGGGACGCGAUGAACGCGGCGCCGCGUCCGUCAGUCUUGAGGACUGCGAACGUCCGCGGGACGUGUACUCCGAUGUCACCGAGGUGGUAAGAAGCACUAGGCGUUUGAUGGUUCCACUCGACGCAGCGGCCGGGGUCCAGUCCGUGAUGACCACGGUCUACGGUGUCACGCUGUACGGCAUACGCCGCCAGCUGCGCGACUUGCCCACCUUCCCUUCGCCCGAGCAGUGGCUUGUGCCCGCCUCCGCCUACCUCGCGCGAAUCACCCUGGCCAGCAUCGGUGCGAUCUUCACCUCCUCCAGCGCAACUCAGGCGUGGUUCGGCAAGGUGAGUCCUUGGACACCAUCUUGGGUGACUCCGCUAGGCCUACCGGUCAUCCAGCCCUACGUCAGACAGCCCGCCUGUCCCGAUCUGGACCGCUAUGAGCUGGCGCGCAGUCGCAGCGUCGGCGCUAAGGACUCCCUCGUCGGUCUCCCGCCGCCCAACCCAAUCAAACAGAAGAACGCCUUCCCGCCGAACUUCAUCCACUCCCUCGACUCCUGCCACAUGAUGCUGACGGCUCUGCAUUGUCUGCGUGAGGGCGUCAUGUUCGCGUCGGUGCACGACUGCUUCUGGACGCACGCCGCAUCAGUCGAUCGCAUGAAUCGGGUAAGUGUCGCGGUUUUACUCGAAAUUCCCUGUCCGUCGCAAGCCCCAGCCUUUACAAGUCAUGCGUGA